AACUUAAAAUGAAUUAAUCAUUCAAAGUUUUUAGUACACAUAGGUUUAUUUCUUUCUCGCACCAAAUAUUAAAUUUUGUCAGAAGUUUUCGUUGCUUUUUAAAUCGAACGAAAACAAACAUUAUUCAGGAUCACAAUCUAUACAGUGACUUAGACACAUCAACAAGAUUUGAUAUUCAGCCGUGUAAAAUGAUCCAAAAUCCAACGUGUGAAAACAGAAGUUAUACAAGAAUAAUGUCGGAAUUAUCAGAAGAAAAUAAUGAUAAGGAAGCCCCCGAUGGGAUGUUGCCAAAUUUGUUAGAAACAGAUGGUAAUAAAGCUGAUACAACCGCAAAAGAAGACCAGGAAUCUCCUAGAUUGUCAAACAAAGUCGUCGAGUGCUUCGAAAGCAUGGAUCCUAGCAUUCAAAGAACGGCAGUUACAGAUCGCCUGAGGAGGACGUUUUUGCUUGGAAAACCGCUUAAACUGCAAGUGGGAAACUUUGAUGAAGUACUCGACCGGUUAGUCCAAAGCGAACCCCAAAGAAGCGCUCGCCAAUUCGCGAAAAUAUCCAUCAAUCGACUGCUCGACAGCUUGGAUCCGGAGAAGACCCGGGAUCUGGAGUUGGAUCAACUCUGGCGAGAGUCGCAGUGUCCUCCUCGCUAUGAAGCCGCCGAGGCUCUACUCCGAUCGUUUCGAACGAACGCGAUACCCACUUUGACCAUUCGGGUCGAGCAGCACCAGUUCCUGUGCCACGCCAUGCUACUCCAAGUGAUCUCCACCUAUUUCCAACGACCGAAGCCGGCUUACCCGGCUCCAUAUGUCUUCCAGCUGCCCAGUCCAGUGCCAGUCACAACGCGGGCAUUCGUGGCCCUGUAUCGCUGGACAAUGGAGCCGUCAUUCGUGAUGAGUGGCACCCUGCUGGUGCAGGUUUACCGGGCAGCAGAGUUCUUCGAUUGCCGGGAACUGAUCAACAACUGUUGGCAGGGACUCGAUGCGGGUUCCCGCCAGCCGGAUCGAACGUUGCGCCUGUAUGCCUACAGCCGAGCGUUGGGAUUGCAUCUGGAGGAGGGUUUGUUAACUCGCUUGGGCAGUAUCUUUCUGCAAUUUGCCGCCAGCAAGCAGUUUUUGCUCAUGGAUGCGAGCCCCAUGCGAAGAUUACUGGGAUUAUCUACCCUGGCUGUGAAUUCGGAAUCGGAGGUCUAUCUGGCUGCCGUUCUUUGGCUGGAUUACAAAUGGCCCCGCCGCAAAAUGCAUGUCUUGGGCAUAAUGGAUAGCAUACGCUUCGAGAUGCUGCCCUAUGCGUUUCUAAUGUCCGUGGCAACGCGACGGGAUGGUCCGCCAGUUGUUCGCAUGAUAGCUAACGCCACCGCUGUUCGAAGGCGGGUAUUCCAAACCUUGGCAUUAAUUGGCAAAUCGCCGAGGAAGUUCCAAGGAGGCUGCGGAGCCGGUCAUCGCAACUGGAUCUUUGAUUCCCGGGCGUCCCAUCAUCACGGUAUCAGUUGCCGGCGGGUCCACUACAUUGACUUUAAGACCUUUGUGAAUUAUCUGAGGUUUCUGCACACCGCCGGACCCAAGCACUGGCAAUCAGUUCGAAUUAUCGACGAUCCCGACGUCAAAUGCUGUCCGCGGGAGAAUUGCAAAUAAUCAGCUAGAAACAAAUUCUAGUGACUCAUUAAACUGUCUAACUUAAUUUAGAAAUAUUAUUUUGGGACCGGAAAGGCGAUCUUUCUUAUCAGUGAAUUUAUAUAAUAAUAAUAAACGAACUCUAGAAAUCCCCAGUAA